CGGCACGACUUCCGCAUGGCGACCGCCGCCGCCGCCGCCUCGGGGCUCAGGGUGAUGACGACUCAGCGCGGGCCGGCGCGGGCCGAUGACGACACGCCGCCAAAGGAACCGCCAGCGCAUGCGCACAGACACCGUGCUGCUACGGAGCCGCUGCCACGCAUGCGCAUUCGCCUCGGGGACGGCGUCCCUGCGCAGCGCAGCUCAGCUCAGCCUGCACGCACGGCUGGGGGGGAACGGAGCGCCCGCAGGGACCUCCUCGGGAGGUGGGGGGGCGGAGCUGUGGUUAUGGCGGCCGUGAGUGGGGCUGUGGGGUCGGAGAUCCGCAGCAAGAUGCGGCGAAACAAUGGGAUCGGGGCAGAACGGGGAGCCUCCCCUGCCCGUUGCUGUGUCCUUCUCCCCGGCCAUGAAUGUGACUCCGAGCAGAGUCCUGACCCAACCCAGGACAGCUACGUCUGUGGCGUUCACAGCGUGAGCUCCCUCUGCAAAAUGUACUUCAGGGAGCUCCCAAACCCUCUGCUGUCCGACCGGCUGUAUGAGCAGUUGUCAGACACAGUUCUUUAUCACGGCGCAAGUCCCUGUGGGUGUCUUCUCCUUCCACAAAGCUGCUCACACUGGAGGAGGCACAGGCACAGACACGAGGCCACAGCAACUCUCCCGUUGUGUCAGACAGCAGAGAGAUUGAAGUGGAAGAAGGCCCUGCAGCUUUACAGGGGAAAUGCCACCCAGUCAGUGGCUUUCCAUCCGAAAGAAAAAGUCCAGCCAAUGAGAUGAAGAAAUCAGCAGCUGGCAGUUGGCAUUCCUGCUUCAGCCUGGGAAAAUCACCCUCUGUGGCCAAACAGAUUGCAGCACAAACCCUCAGAAGCAAAAGUCGUGGCCGUGGAAGGUGAAUCUAACCGGUUUCGACCCAGAAGACCCAGGCCCAGUAGUGGUGCGCUGUGCACGUCCUUCAGUGCAGAGCUGUCAGGAAGCACGAAUCGCUGCAGUUCUGAUGACAACCUUCCACAUGACAACAGCGAUGGGGAUAAGGCGCUCAUCUGCGUUCCUGCCCCCAUGUCUCCUGGCUCUGCUGAAGAUGCUGACCUGAGCCCACCAGCCAUCGCAGUCGCUAGCCUGGAUUGUGACUCAGUGUCCUUCCAGUGCAGCCCACCUCAUGCAGAGUCUGAGUGCCCGGGCAGCAGCACCUCCAUGAGGAGCAGGUCGGCAUCGCUGAGGAGGACUUAUAAUCAGGCAGCCAGUCCCAGGCACCGGGAGGCACACACAAGCGUGAUGCAGUCACGCUGCUCUCCGAAUUCUGUGCUUGAUUAAUCCGAAGAAAUCUUUAUGCCAUGAUGAGCAAACCAUGCUAUCUACCAAA